UUUGGCGGUUCGAUUUCAACAUGGCGGAAGCGAGCAGCACCAAUUCGGCAGCUGACGAAAAAGGGUCUGAGGGAUCGUCUCCAGAAUCUGCACCGCCCAGUUCUACCAUUUCUAGGGUGAAACUCCUCGACACCAUGGUUGACACUUUUCUCCAGAAGCUGGUCGCCGCCGGCAGCUACAAGAGAUUCAGCGACUGCUACAAGCGCUUCUACCAGUUGCAGCCUGACAUGACACAGCGAAUCUAUGACAAGUUUAUAACUCAGUUGCAGGCGUCUAUCCGGGAGGAGAUCUGUGAAAUCAAGGAGGAAGGGAACCUUGAAGCUGUCUUAAAUUCCUUGGAUAAAAUUGUGGAAGAAGGCAGAGACCGCAAGGAGCCGGCCUGGCGCCCCAGUGGGAUCCCAGAGAAAGACCUGUGCAGCAUCAUGGCACCCUACUUCCUACAACAACGGGACACCCUGCGGCACCACGUGCAGAAACAGGAAGCCAAGAACCGGCAGCUGGCAGACGCCAUCCUAGCCGGGCGCAAGCAGGUAGAGGAGCUGCAGCUGCAGAUCCAGGCCCGGCAGCAGGCCUUUCAGGCUCUGCACAGAGAGCAGAGAGAGCUGUUGGCUGUGCUGAGGGAGCCCGAGUGAGGAGACGGCCCCGCCCAGGAGCAGAGGGCAGUUGAGGUCAUGGGCCUGUGGUGCAGUGUGCUGGGCCUGUGACGCUCCCCUGGGGACAGCUGAAGUGGUGCCCAGGCCCUGGGCAGCCAUGGCGUUGGCUGCAGGGCCAGGCCAGAGCAGCGCCACUGUGCCUUUGGGCUCCCUUGGGUCACACAGAGCACUCCCUUCAGAUCCCCCCACUCCCUUCUAACUGGAGAGUGGUUGGCCAGCUCCACCCUGGCAUCAGGCCCAUGUGCACCCUCCGCCAGCUUCGGCCCCGCACCACCCCCAGCCCUGCCGGUGCCUGAGGCUUCCCGGGACCUGGCUCAGGGAGUCUGUUUUCAGUCUCCACUGAUUGCCCCCUUGCUGGCCAACCCAAGGGCCCUUGCCAUGUUCUCCCCACAUCCGUAAAUAAACUUCCUGUGCCGCUCUGUAA